UAAAUUUGCAGCUGGAGAAAUAAAGGGCGUGGACCUUAAAAAGCCACCACCUUAUCAGAAAAGAGGUUCCAGGGACACUUCCCCGAAACGCGAGAGGUCACCUGAGAAGGAGACCGAUUCGCCACCUCCAGCUCCCAAGAAAAGAGUCGACAUGAUUCUUGGGAAAUUCCCCCAAGGAAAAAGUUUACAAGUCGAAGCUCUCUUGAGCAAACCGUCCCCUCAAUCGAGCCCCGACUCGAGGGUGGACUGUAUCCUUGGAGGAUCAGACAUAUGUCAAGACUCCGUCAAUUCCAUUAAGAAUCACGUGCGGAAGGCUGUGUCUAACACUGGACCUAAGCCUCCUAACCCUGAAUCCAAUACUAAGAUUUCUUUCUGGGAAAGCGAGACCUCAAACCUUGACAGACCUCACGAUGAUGCGUUGAUCGUCACCCUGAACAUCGCAGGAUACGAGGUUCCUAAGCUCAUGAUAGACACAGGAAGCUCUGUCGACCUCAUUUUCUAUAACACCCUAAAAGGGAUGGAAAUAGACGACUACGAAAUUAUUGGCCAAAAAGCUAAUCUCGUAGGCUUCUCCGGAGAAACAGCUACCUCAUUGGGAACUAUCAAGCUCCCAGUCAUAGCUGGCGGAAUAAUGAAAAUGACCAACUUAGUAGUCAUCGAUAGACCUUCCCCGUUCCACGCGAUUUUGGGAAGACCCUGGAUUCACAAAAUGAAGGCAGUAGCCUCAACGUACCAUCAGUGCGUAAAAUUCCCAACACCCGAAGGGAUAGCUACCGUACAUGGUAGCCAGAAGAUAUCCAGGAUCUGCUAUUUGGGAGGAUUCGAAAUCCUCAAAAAGUCCCCCCAAUAGCAAUUACAGAUCCAGGAGGGUCGCGAAAUGCAACAAAAUAUUCGAGGUCCCCCCAGGAACCUAACCGAAAAAGUUUGCAUCGACGACUCAGAUCCUGAAAGACAGGUGAGCAUCGGGUCCGAGCUACC